CCCUCCAUCCUGCGCUGCCUCCCGCCGAUGCGCCGCGGAAGCAGCCCGGAGAUGCUGCUGCUGCUGCUGCUGAUGUUAGCGACCGACUGCAGCACCCGACAUGGGCAUCCUUUAAUCCGGCCGCGUCACACCUUUUCAGACUAGUGUUGGAGCAUAUCUUCAGCCUGGAUGCAGUUCCUGCUUUCAGGGUGUGCCACUGCGAUGGUGGGAGAGAUGCCAGUCUACAGCAGUGCUUAGGUAACUUUUUCUCUCAUCAUGUGGGUAAAACCUAACAAGGCUAUCCACUAGACUGUUGAGAGGAGCCACAGACAGCGGUAGAAGAUCAGGACCACUUCCAUCUCACGGAUGAAGGACAACAUAACUGGCUACAGAGAAGUUCCAGAACUCCAGUGGAAACAUUAAAGAACAACUGCCUUGCAGUCUUCUCGCUCUACUCUUCGCACCUUCAGGAUGAGCGGUCUGGUAGGGAAGCUGGACCCUCGCAGGGUGCAGUGGGGCUCGGCAUGGAACACCUUCACGUCCCGUGUGCUGAGGACCAAACCUGUGGAGUCCAUGCUGGAUUCAGCCGUGUCGGGCACCAGCUCACACGGCACCAGGCUGGCCCGCGUGUUGUCCACGGUGGACCUGGUGUCGCUUGGUGUGGGCAGCUGCGUCGGGACAGGGAUGUAUGUGGUCUCGGGGCUGGUUGCCAAGGAGAUGGCUGGCCCUGGGGUCAUUGUGUCCUUCAUUAUCGCUGCUGUGGCGUCCAUCCUUUCAGGAGUGUGUUAUGCAGAGUUUGGGGUGCGCGUCCCUAAGACCACAGGUUCGGCCUACACGUACAGCUACGUAACCGUGGGAGAGUGUGUGGCGUUUUUCAUCGGCUGGAACUUAAUCCUGGAGUAUCUGAUUGGCACGGCAGCGGGGGCAUCUGCUCUCAGCAGCAUGGCAGACUCUCUGGCCAAUCACAGCAUCAGCAACUUCAUGAUUUCACAUAUUGGCACGCUCAACGGCUUGGGUAAAGGGGAGCAGUCAUACCCAGAUCUGCUGGCGCUGCUCAUAGCAUUGCUGGUGACCGUGAUAGUGGCUUUGGGAGUGAAGAACUCCGUUGGCUUCAACAAUGCGCUGAACAUCAUCAACCUCAUCGUGUGGGUGUUCAUGAUGAUCGCUGGGCUGUUCUUUGUCAACGGAGAGAACUGGGAUGAAGGGAGAUUUCUGCCCUUUGGCUGGUCAGGGGUGAUGCAGGGUGCAGCAACCUGCUUUUAUGCCUUCAUUGGGUUUGACAUCAUCGCUACAACAGGAGAAGAGGCCAAAAGCCCCAACACCUCCAUCCCUUAUGCCAUCACUGCCUCACUCAUCACCUGCCUCACUGCCUAUGUCUCUGUCUCUGUGAUACUAACGCUGAUGGUCCCAUACAGUGAAAUCGAUGAAGACGCUCCGCUGAUGGAGAUGUUUUCCAUCCAUGGCUGUAUGUUUGCAAAGUACAUAGUUGCCGUGGGAUCGAUAGCUGGACUGACUGUUUCCCUCCUGGGGUCCCUGUUCCCCAUGCCAAGGGUCAUCUACGCAAUGGCAGGGGAUGGCCUCCUGUUUAAGUUCCUGGCCAGUGUUUCCUCAUACACAGAGACCCCUGCUGUGGCUUGUGUGGUGUCAGGAUUUCUGGCUGCCCUUUUGUCCCUUCUAGUCAGCCUCAGAGACCUCAUAGAGAUGAUGUCCAUAGGGACCUUGCUGGCUUAUACUCUAGUGAGCCUUUGCGUGCUGCUCUUACGUUACCAACCUGAGGGCGACAUCCAUGGCUUUGUGAACUUUCUCUCUGAGGAGCAGAGCAAGAAGAAAAAGGAAGGCAUUCUGGCUGAGUGCGAGAAAGAAGCUUGCUCUCCGACCAGCGAGGUCGACGAGUACGGAGGUCCGGCCACCAACACCUGCGGGGCCAAAAACCUGCCGUCGCUGGGUGACAACGAGAUGCUGAUCGGGAAACCCGAUAAAAAUGCGUACAGCGCCAGCCAUCCCAACUACGGCACGGUGGAUAUGACAACGGGCAUCGAAGCGGAGGAGUCGGAGGGAGGGAUGUCCCGGCGGCUCAAGAAGCUGAUCGGACCUCAUUACUAUACGUUGAGAAUCCGUCUUGGCCUCCCUGGCAAAAUGGACAGGCCAACUCCAGUCACAGGGAAAACCGUCACUGUGUGCGUGCUACUGCUGUUCAUCUUGUUCUUCGUUUUCUGCUCCUUCAUCAUUUUUGGAGCCAACUAUAUCACGGAUGGUCGUUGGUGGGCCUUGCUGCUGCUAAUCUUCCUCAUCAUCUUCAUUGCCCUGCUGAUCAUCAUCAUCCUCCAGCAGCCGGAGAACCCCAAGCGGCUGCCUUACAUGGCGCCCUGCGUGCCAUUCGUACCUGCUUCAGCCAUGCUGGUCAACAUCUACCUCAUGCUUAAGCUAUCGGCCAUCACCUGGAUUCGAUUUUCGAUCUGGUGCCUCGUUGGUGUGCUCAUCUACUUCGGCUACGGCAUGUGGAACAGCACUCUGGAGAUCACCGCCAGGGAAAACGAGGUGCACGCCUCCACCUACCAGCGCUACGAUCAAGGCGUGGACGAAGGCUUCCGCGGCUUCGACGACGAUUUCUAUCCGCCCACCACUGACACCUGGGGUGCACUCGAGGGGGAAUCAGGGGCGACCCCGCCUCCAAAGGCCAAAGCCGAAAGUGACGGGGUUGCAUCAAAAGGUGGAGGCAGAACCAUUGCUAACAAUGGCCUUGCGGAGGAGGACCCGAUGGAUUUCUGAAGGGACUGACUUCUGUGUUACAUUGAAUGUACUGCCUUGUCUGCUGCGUGGGGGGGAGGGAGGGGGACCAUGUGUGAGUGCAUGACUGAUAGCGGCUGUGUGAGUGUGUUUGCAUGCUUGCACGAGUGUGUAUUUGUUUUAUGUGUACGAACCCUUGGGCUAGAUUGUUUUUUUUUUUGUUUUUUGUUUUUUGGGGGGGGGGACAGAACAGUUUGUCUUUUACCAUACUCGACUACGCUUGGCAUGCCGCCCCUACACAAAUGCGGACAUAAAUGUCUUCACACUCUCACGGAUUCAGGCUCUUUAACCAAGUUCCCAAACAAAGGGAGGCAUGUGAGAAAAAAAAGUGUGAACAGCGCGAGAGAUAAGACACAAUGUGUUUUUGUGAUGAAGCGGAGAAAUGAUAUGCUGUACUGAGCGACUUUUAACUGUUUAGUCAAGAAGUUUGGCACAGGAGAGAAAAGGGUGAUGGGCAACAGACAGAUGAGUCAGCAGCUGUCUUCCUGUUCCAGCACAGGCAGACAGACAGGAAAGGUUAAUGACAGUAUGAUAAAUAAUGACUUCCUAUGGCAAAGUCUGACUUUGUCUGGCAAAAACCUUUUGCACAGAAAUCUGGACAAACCUGAUCUUAGCAUCUAGCCUGAGGGGUUUCGCCUGGGAUUUGGGGGUAAAGGGUGUCGACGUUUUCUGUGAUAACUAGUACUUGGACUUUGCUUGUAAUAGUGCCUUCAUCCACUGUGUGUGUUUUUCUGGUCGUGUCUGUUCUCUACUUUGAUUUAGCCCGUGUGUGCGUGUUUGUGGUACUGUGCCUUGCAAAAGUAUUCAAAUAAUCUAAGCUUUUUUUUCAUAUUUGGUCAUAUUCCAGCGAUAUACUUCAAUCUAUUUUAUUGGGUUUUGUGUGAGAGAUCAACACAAAGCAAAGUUUGUAUUCAAGCCACUCCAUUGUAACUCUGGUUGGGCAUUUAGAUUGUGAACCUCUUCCCCUCGGGCACACAUCUGCUUGUCGAAAGAUUUCCUGCAGGUUUCCUGUAUUUAACUCCACCGCCCUUCCUUUCAAUGCUUUCCAGCCUCUAUGCUGUACUGAAGAAAACCAUUCCCACAGCAUUAUGCUGCCACAGUAAUCCUUCGCCACUGGAUGUUGGAGGUUGGAGGGGGGAUGGGGUACCAUAAUGCACAAGAUGGCAGUUUGCAGAAUGGCCAAAAUCGUUAAUUUUGGUCUUUGCUGAGUAGAACCACCUUCUUCCAUGUGGUUGGCGUGUCCCCAGCAAGGUUGCCGGAAAACUCCAAUUUGGACUACUUACUCCUCACUUUAAUACAAACAGCAUGUUCUUACCCCUCUUCCAUAAAGGCCAUAUUUGUGAAGGGCAUCGCUAAUAGUUGUCAUGUGAAUAGAUCCUACUAUCUGAGUCGUUGAUCUGUGCAGCUUCUCCUAAGUUUCUGCAGGCACAUCGGCUGCUUCCCUGAUUAAUACUCCCUAGUUUAGAUGGUAGGCCAUGUCCUCAUAGGUUUGCUGUUGUGUCACACUCUUCCCAUUUUUGAAUGAUGGAACAGUGCUUUGUAAUCUUAAAAUGAUUGAGCUAUUUUUGACCUGACCCUGCUUUAAUCUUUGCUACAGCUUUAUCUCGGGUCUGCCUGGUUUUU